GUCUUUUCUUAAAGGUAAACGUUAAUGCUGCACUUAUUGUGGUGAUCGGAAAAAAAAUCGUCAUAGAAGUGUUCCCUACAAAGUGUCAUGUAUUACAUGGUAUAAAUGUUGUUUUAGACAUUCAGACCGUGUUCAUGGUGCUGAUAAAUCCAGGAAAUCGAGGGAAAGUAAGCAGUAUAGACAUGGAAUUCAAAACACUGAUUCAUUUAUUUUCCUUUACAAACAUGAGGCACGCAGCAGAGAAUGAAAUGUGUUUAAGAGUGUGUUUCUAUGAUAUGAAAAAGUAGUAGGCUUUGAUCGAAUACCAUGAGGGAAGUGAGAAGUGAGGAGUGAGAGUCAUCAUUGGUUUCUCUUAACAUCAAGAAAAAAAUGUAUGUGGUAGCUGGUAUUUGGAGCAGAAGUGGACAAAUACAGCCUGGGUACCACAUGUGACCGCAUAGCUGUGUUCAUGUUGCUCUCAUGAGGUCUGCGCAAGACACAACACAAAUACGAUUUGAAUUCCAAAUAUAACUCAUUAUUUUUCUUUUUUUUAAAUUUUGCUUUAGUCCUUUCCCUUUCCUUUCAUAAUUAGUCUUUUAUAUCAGUAAUUUUUGUAUUUUUUCCCCUCAAAAUAAAUAGGUAUUGAAGAUUUUUUGUAGUAGUUCUCUUUUUUUACCCAGAAGCUUUAUGAUUUAUUAUUUAUAUUGGGAAUCUUUAAAUGAUAUGAAAUGAUACAUUAUAAAACAACUCAUUUUAAGCUCACAAUUAUGCCAUGGGAUGAUGACACUUGCCAUGACAUGAUACUAUCCCGUGACACAUAGGAUAGUGUCAUGACACUGUACCUUUCCAGGCCUGAAUUGCCCACCCCUGAGUUAGACAAUGACUUUAGCAAACUCCUGGACAAAUGAUAAUAUGUAAUUAAACACUUUUAAACAUUUUUUUAUUCCCUCUCAUUCAUUUUGUGUAAACACAGCUUCUUCUUGUGGCCCUUACAGCAUUUCCAAUUUCCAAUUUGGCUGUACUUCAUGUUCCAUACUUUAUGUAUUACUAUGUAAUAUAGUCUUCUUUGUCUCCAGGGUUUGCCACAGCAAGUUAGCCUCCUCCCCCUAAACCUAUCUUGAUCAUCCUCUUCAGUCACCCCGCUCCUCUUUGUGCCCUCGGUUAUCACAUCCACAAACUUCAGUGGUUGUCUUCCUCUUUAUCUUUCUUCCUUUACUUCCAUUAUUCAUUUCUACGCCAAAUCCCUUUGAUACACCUUGCAUGUUGAGUGUAUUAUUUUGAACAAAUGGAGUUUCUGCCAGAGCAGACGCUGCACCAAACCCUGUUUCAGAUGUUAGCAUUACAAUCUUUGUGUGUUGCUGCAGCUGUCAUGGAAGAAAAAACAAAUGGCUCCGUUGAAAACAAAAGCUCCAGCCCUGUUGAAAACGGUCAGCUGCCCGACCCGGCCAACUGGGCGGUUGUGGACGUCGUCAAUUACUUUAAAGCUACAGGGUUCGAAGAGCAGGCCACAGCUUUCCAGGAUCAGGAAAUUGACGGUAAAUCGCUGCUCUUGAUGACACGUAACGACGUCCUGACUGGGCUGUCGAUAAAACUGGGCCCCGCCCUGAAGAUCUACGAGUACCAUGUGAAGCCACUGCAAACGCAACACUUGAAGAGCAGCGCCUCUUAGCGCAGCCUAAGCUUCUGAACCUUGUGACAAUCGAUAUACCAGUUAGAAACUGGCCUUGCUGUGUUUCAUUACUGUUUUUUUUUUUUUUAAUAUGAGUGGACCCCAAAUCCGGUUUGCACAGGGGCCCAUUUUGCCAUUCUUAUUCCUGCUGCUUGAGGUAUUCUUUUGUGUUUUAUUUAAAUUACUGAGUUGGGAUAUGAGUAGGGCUGCUGCGACUAGUCGACUAUUAAAUUAGUCUCAGACGGAUUAGUGUUUCGACACAUCGUGAUGUCGUCGCUUUCUUUUGUGCUCAUGCGUGAGUAAGCACAGUACCAGAAAUGACAACAAAAACAUCCAAAGUAUGGAAAAAUUUCACAAUGCACACAUCAAACACUAAAGGUAAAUGUACAAUUUGGAGCUUCAGGGAGGCAGACACUGGAUUAAUGUCACUGACGGGUUCAAGCUAUGUCCCACGCUCCUUUGAAAAAUGGGUUGUACAAUGUACAUUCGAUCCAGCAAUAGCAUCCUCCUCAGCUGUGCUGCGUACCUGCCACUCACGCUGCAGAGCGCUGUCACUCGCACAAUUCAAUACCAAAACGUAACGGACGGAAGGUGUUACAGUUCUUUUUUUUUUCAUUUUUUGUUGGUUUAUUUAGUUAUUUUUUUGACUCAACAAUAACAUUGUUGUUAAAAUCGUGGAGACACACUCAUUGCCUGUCACCACAUUUUGCCCAAUUGAAUGUCACAUUUUCAACAUUGCAAUGUCAGCGUGUUCGUCAACCAGUACAUAAAGAUAAUUGGUGACUAGUCUAUUAGUCGACUUGAGUUGCAGCCCUUGAUUUGAGAUGUUUUCUGUAGUGUUUGUGUGCAAUGUUAAAUUAACCUAUCAUGGUUUUAAAAGUAUUUGUACAUAAGAUUAUAUAUAGUGACAAUUGAAUUGUGAUGGAUCAGGUAAUGCUGACAGCUGAGAAGACAAUAUUCUUGAUGUCUGUUUAUUUACAUUUCUAUCCUGCAAAACGUGCAGCUGGAACUAAGAGCUGCCCAGUAUCUUUUCCCAAGAGAUCUGAGCCAAACUUCUUGAAAAACUAGAUUGCAUCGGCUCAAUAAUGUUUGAUAUGAAAAUAUUUUCUGUACACAGUGUUUCUACUCGUGGUGCUCUAACAUUCAUGCAAAAAAAAUGUAUUGAAUUGUGAAUGAACGUGUAUGUGCAGCAGUCGAGAUUUGCAAUAAAUGGUGCUCUUUUAUCACCAAUUUAUGUAUUUGGCUUCAGCAAGAUGCAAGUGCUCAUUUCAUUUUGCCGUGAAUGUUGUUGGUUUCUGCUUCUUGUCUUGUCUCACAGUUUGGCUCGCUGCUUCCGGCGCACAGUCCCAGUGAUGUUCCCUGACGGGCUGUCAAGAGGAAGCAGGAUCUGUGCAAGACAUCAGACAUGUGAGCCACAACACAGAGCAUUAUCAAAUGUACUUUAUAGUUUAAUUUGAUUUACUUCGUCUUUGUUGUUGAGCCCCAUUUUUGUCAUGUCAAUGGUGAAGUAAUGCUGGUUUGGCAUAACAAUCUCAAUCUCAUCCACCUGGAAAGCAAAUCUUGUUGUUACAAAAUAUAUGUUUUUUAAA